CUCCACUCCCCAUACAAAUUCAGCUCUAACUGCAACAACGAAAACUUGAUCCGCAAUCGGAAAACACAGAUUUAUCAAGAAGAAUUUGAUCUUUUUUCCCCCAAAUUUUACAAGAAUCAGAUUGGUGAAGUCCAGAGCAAAAGAGUCUACCUUCCUUGAGUUUUCACCAUGACAUCGCCGAUGCAUCAGCACACUCGCUCCACGUCGUCUCACCUAAGUAUGAAGAGACCUCAGAACAAGGCGGCUGCUCAAAGGCUUGCAGAGGUGAUGGCUCAGCAGCCAGCCGAUGACAAAGAGGAGGAGGAUGAACUAUACGAUCUCAGCUCGGGCGGUCCAUCAGCUGCUAUAGGACUUGCUGGGGGAAGGCAAGCUCGAAGUAGUUCUCUGAUGUCAGUUCGUAACUCAGUUGAUCAGCCUUCAUCAGCUCGUCACCGACCAGCUCAGCCCAAGCCCGUUGAACCAUCUUCUAAAUCUGUCUCACCAGAACCGCACCAGCAGCCUUCAUCAGCUCGUUAUCGAAAUUCUCGUUCCAAGAUUCUUCAGCCAUCUUCAAAUACGGAACAUCAGCAGCCUUUAUCAGCUCGUCAUGCUCCUUCCAAGCCCGUUGAACCAUCGACUGAACAUCAGCAGCCUUCAUCAGCUCGGCAUCGGCCAUCAAAGCCUGUUGAGCCAUCUCCAUCUCUUAACUACUCUAUCCACGGCCGUUCCUCUAAUCAUAUGAACUCUUCGGAGGAACCACCACAGCCAUCGUCUGCUCGAGUAGUUGGCCGGCCACAUUUAAGGGUGAAGACAGUUCCCAUGGUGCCAUCAAGUGUGUCUCUGUCACUUAAACGAGUUUCAUCGGUACAUCCAGCUGAUUCUCAACUUGAUAAAGUUAAGGAUAAAAGGUUAUCUCUGGAUUUUGGAACUUUCAAAUUAAAAGAACAAGGUGGUCGGCAGUCUUCUUCUGCUCUACAAGACGAGCUUGACAUGCUUCAAGAAGAAAAUGAGAGUUUAUUGGAAAAGCUCAGGAUAGCAGAAGAACGGUAUGAUGAAGCAGAAGCAAGAACUAGGCAGCUGGAAAAACAGAUUGAGUCUUUAGGAGAUGGUGUAUCUUUAGAAGCUCGGCUGUUAAGCAGGAAGGAAGCUGAAGUUCAGAAACGAGAGGUUGCUCUUAAAAUUGCAGCAGAUACUUACGGUGGAGGCAAUGAGGAGCUGGCAGUCCUCCGAAUGGAGAUUGAGGCCUCAAGGGACGAAGCUAACUCUGUUCACGAUCAACUCCACGAAGCCGAGCAAGAAGUUAAAUCGCUUAGGAUAACUACGCAGAGAAUGAUACUGACUCACGAGGAGAUGGAAGAGGUUGUUCUCAAGAGGUGUUGGCUUGCUCGAUGCUGGAGCUUAUGCAUUCGCCAUGGGCUCCAUGCUGAGAUAGCUGAAGCAAGAUAUGAAUAUUGGUCACGCUUUGCUUCACGCCCAGUCGAAGUUAUAUUGGCAGCCGGGCACAAGGCCAAAGAUGCACAAUAUUCCGCUACCGAUGGUUUAGAAGAAAGGAAGAGAGUUCUGAAGGAGAAGGAAGACCUUACAAACAGAGUCGACGUGGAAAGUAUGCUUAUGGUUGAAAAAGGUCUCAGGGAACUGAGCUCCCUCAAGGUAGAGGAGGCAAUAGCUGUGGCAUCGGCCCAAAAGCGUCGCCCGUGUAUUUUAAAAUCUAAUACAGAUGAAGGGAAGCUACCGGCUGAGUCCAACUAUUCCGAUACAUUUGGAUUGAGUCCGGAUGAGUGCGAAGACGUGCUUCUUAAACAAGCUUGGCUUUCGUACUUCUGGAGACGAGCAAAAACUCUAGGGCUCGAACCUGAUAUCGCUGAUGAUAGACUGCAAUUCUGGAUCAGCCAAGAGAACCGGCCGCCUAAUUCACAUGAUGCCGUUGAUGUCGAGUGCGGCCUUCUGGAGCUCCGGAAGCUGGGGAUGGAGGCGAAGCUGUGGGAGGAGUCGCGGAGAUUGAUCGAUCAUAACCCCUCGCACAAAACGCUGCUGGAAACUGAGUACCAAAUUUUGUCAUAAGCUUUUUUCUUCUUCUUCUUCUACAUUUCCCUUUAUUUUUUCUUGCUACAUUUUGGUGCGUUGCUUCUAUCAUUUUAUGAUCAAUCUUGAUUGGAAAGUGAGCUAUUUCUUCGAAUAUUUUCCUUUUCCAUA